AUGUUAACUUCAGAACUGUCAUCAUCAAUUAUAUUAAACCUUGCUGUCAGUGGUUGGGUAAGAAUUCUUAAAGAUUUUAAGAAGUUGCAAAGUGUAAUAGUGGAUGAUUCUGACUCAUCAAUAUUAGUGGAAGAGCCAGAAUCUAAACUAGAAAAAAAUAUUGACAGUAAAUUAGAAGGAUGUGGUAUCAGUGAAUUAAAAGUAUGUAGUAAUAGUGAAUUAGAAGAAUGUGAUAACAGUGAAUUUAAAGAAAAUGAUAGCAAUGAAAUAGAAAGAAGUAGCAAUGAUGAACUAAAAGAAAGCGAAGACAAUGAAUUAGAAGAGAGUGACAAUGAACUAGAAGGAAGUAAUGAUGAUGAACUAGAAGAAAGUAAUAACAAUGAUUUAGAAGAAAGUGGCGACGAUGAGCAUAACGAUGAUAAACCUAUUUCUGUAAGCAUUAGUAAAUAA